AUGAAUGACUUUUUUAAUUUAGCCGUAAAAAAAGCUCCAAUGUUAAUUUCUACAACGAUAAAUCAUUAUCGCAAGGGCCCACCUCAACCUUCAUGGGAUUUAAAAUUUCAUUUAGUUUUUGCCUUGAUUAAAUCAAACAUCGGUGAUUUCAAUAAUCUAACAAUUGAGCAGGCACAACAAGACUCUAAACGUCACGCUCCUUUAUUACCUGAUACAAUUACAAAUGAGUCCAAGGUAGACAAUAAAUAUAGACAUGAAUCUCAAAUUCAUCUUGAGAGAAUUUUGAAACCCUAUGAACACGUCUUGGAUACCGAAUGGAAAGAUUUAAAAGAUGAUGGAAUUACUGCUGAAUGGGUUCAGAUUCGUGACGAUGGAUGGGAAAAAAGAGAAGUUAGGAAAACCAUUCUUUAUUUACACGGUGGAGCUUAUUAUUUAUGUAGUAAAGAAUCCCAUCGCAAAAGCACUAGCGCGCUUGCUAAAGGAUCCAAUGCGAGAGUUUUUGCAAUUGAUUAUCGGCUUGCACCUCAAAAUCAAUUUCCUGCAGCAUUACAAGAUGCAUUAGCUGCUUACUUGUAUCUCUUAAAUCCUCCAAAAGAUUCAGGAUUUGAACCUUUAAAUCCAAAAAAUAUCAUAUUUGCUGGAGAUAGUGCAGGGGGUGGUUUGUGCAUGGCACUUGGACUUGCCGUACGUGAUGCUGGCCUGCCUUCAUGCGCCGGUAUCGUCGGAUGGAGUCCAUUGCUCGAUCUUACACACAGUAUGCCAUCAACUAUAAGUGAUAAAUGCGAGGAAACCGAUUUUGUUUCAAUAACAAGUUUUCGACAUGUAACAUCUCAA